CGAUUACACAGUUGUUAUUUCGAGCGUUCAGCUAAUGUGUUACAUGUGCCCGUACGGCCUUUUUCAAAUGUUUCGUAUGCUGUGCUACGUUACUGGGUAAGAAGGUGUGCGUGUUGCAUAUUGGUGUACGUAAAAAUAACGACUGAUUUCAAAUCUUUUAUGACUUGCUGUGCGAUCAUAACGGAUGAGAAAUAAUUACCUCAAAAUAAGUUUGGUAUUUUUUUUUUCUCUUAGAUUGUAGAAGAUAAGAGAAAAAAAAAGAAAGAAUAAAUCAUGAGUGGAAAUGCAGAGCAACCAACACUCGAUGGCAAUGAGGUAAUUCAAACUGAUACUCCAAUAAACCUGACAGUUGGCCAAAUAAAUGCAGAGCAAGGAGUGUCUGUAAGCUCUGUCAUGUCAAUCGCUACUAAUACAACCACCGUAGCUACAACAUCAACAGCCACAACAGAGUCAACUGCAGACCAAGAGGCUACAGAGACUCUACAUAGAAGUUCUACCAGCUCAGAAAUGUUUAAGUUGCUGCAAAUGCAAAGGCAGAACUUAGAGUUACAAAAUAAAAGUAUAGAAUCAAUGAAAAUCUUGAUGGAGCAUGUCCGGAUGGUUUCAGAAAAUUUUCUAGAAGCCGAAAGAUUCAGAAUAACAAAUAGAGGACAGAGCCGUAUGGAGAGUUCAUCUAGAGUAGAAGAAAUACGACCACAAGUGACUGAUGAAGUUCUUGACCAAAAUAUUACACAACUAGAUGUCACAAAAGUCUUAAGUCAAUCAUUAACAACAUUAAAGGAAACUUUAGAUUCAAAUAAAAAGUCGCAAAAUUAUCAUGUUAAAAGAAAUUACAUUUUAACUCAAAAGGGUGACAUAAAUAUCUGGUUUGAUAAACUUAAAUCAGAUUUGAAUUCUAAAGAGUUGUUAGAUGUAAUAGAUGGAACUGUAGAAGGUCCAGUUAAUAUAGAUGAACAAACUUCUCUGAAGAGAAAACAAAUAGUAAGAGAAAUUAUUACUGGUCAUAUAGAUGAUAAGUACUACAAGAAGAUUCUUAAUACACAAGAUCCCAGAGAAAUUAUUGAAAUGCUAAAAGAAUCUAAACGUGUUGAGAAAAAUGUAACACAUUCAUCAGUCAGAGCAAAAUUAUACAGUAUAAGAUUGCAGAAAAAUGAGAAAGUAGAAGAAUUUUGUAAUAAAUUUGAUAACAUUAUAACUGAAUAUGAAGCUUGUGUAAAUGCUGUCCCUCUAGAAGAUGAAGAAAAGAGGUCUGCUUUUUAUCAAGCUGUUUGUGAUGCAGUUCCAGAGAUCAGGGCAUCUGAUGUAACAUAUAGAAGAGUCACAAAGAAAAACAUGACUUUAGAAGAGUUAAAAGCCACUUUAUUGGAACUAGAAGCAGAAAGACAGUCUGGAAGUAAUAAAAAUUAUCAGCAAGAUGUAGUAGUACAUCAAGCAAAACGAUUUAAAUCUGACAAAGAAAAUGAAUUAAAAUGCUUCAGAUGUAAUAAAAAUUAUCAUUUUCAAAAUGAUUGCCCAUUGAAAGACACUAACCAAUGGUUUUGUUAUAAAUGCAAACAGAUAACAAAUCAUAAUGGAAAAACAUGUUUUCAAUUUAAUGCUGGUACGUCCAAUAGAGGAUUGAUGAAGAAGCAAAACUUCACAACUGAUAGAGGUAGAGUUAGAGGCAAUGGUAGAGCUACGUUCCGAGGAAACUUUAGAGGCAGAGCUAGAGGCAAUUUUAGAGGUCAAGGGAACUUGAAAAUAAAGCAAAAAGAAGGGGACAAGAUACCAAACGCAAACAACACAGGUACACAUUUAACUAUUAAUGAUAACACUAACAACAUUACAUUUAUUGCGGACUCAGGAGCAACUGAGCAUAUUAUUAACAAAAGCUUAAUUUUAAGUAAUUUUGAACAUUGUACAGGUGAGGUAAUAAAAAGUGCAAAUAAAAAUAAAUCAGCUGAUAUAGAGAUAGAUGGCAAAGGUGACUUGUAUUUAAAAUCAAAAUUAAGUGUAAUAAAAUUAACUAAUGUAUUGUCGGCUGAAAACAUAGCUAAUAAUUUAAUAUCUUUAAGACGUUUCGCUGAUGCAGGUUUAGGCAUAUAUUUAGAUGAUGAUAAGUUAGAAAUUUUUGAGAAAGAAAGUGGUGAAAAAUAUCUAACAGAUGAGUUUCCUGAACAAUCUCAUACAAUUUUAAAUGAUAUAGAUGAUGCACAAGUGCAAAAGACGGAGGGAGAAAAUCGAGAUUCCUUAAAUUUAAAUUCGUCUGAGAUUGGGAGGGAGAUUCAAAAAGAGAAACUCAUAGAGGACGAUACCCUUUCCUUCCCCCUGCCGUUCGUGGCUAAACCUAUUCACGCCGGUAACCAGGCCGGAUAA